CUGUAGCUCGUGGGUAGAGGCGAGUGUGCUACCAGUAUGCAUGGCGAUCGUGGGGUUGAAAGCAGUUGGUGUAGUACAGCGGGUUUAUGUGGUUUUCACAGGACAUAAUUAAGUGAAGUGACCUCAAAUGACAGGAAGAGCACGAGGUCGGGCAAGAGGCCGGGCGAGAGGAGAGGCACAGCAGGCUGCUCCUGUGGCACGCAGGGCCAGGCGAGGGCAGCAACAAGCUGCCUCAGUUUCAAUACCAGCAGCGGUACCGUCUGGUGAACCUGCAGCUGCUCUGAGUGGGCGGGCGUCAUACAGGGGAGGGGUCAGAGAGCCCCGUCCAGGAGCUGGGGAGCCUGUGAAACCUCCCGUUGAGGAACUAGCUCAGUUGCAAGUAGGAACAAGGGAAGGCAAGGAUGUGGGUCGAAGGCAGCGUGAUUACCAAUACCAGGACCCAAACACACGACCAGCACAUAUCGAGGACAAGCGAGGCACUGCUGGAGCGCCUAUUCGCUUGGUGUCCAACUUCUUCACAAUUGACCCCAGUGGGACUGGGAAAGGUGCUCCAGUGGAUUGGCACCUGUACCAAUAUCAUGUGGCCUACAACCCGGAGAUUGACAGCAAGAGACUCAGGUGUGGCCUCCUGUUUCCUCAUGAAGAAAUACUCGGGAGAACCAGGGCUUUUGAUGGAAUGAUCCUUUUUCUGCCCUUUAAGCUCCAACAAGAGGUGACGGAACUGUACAGUGAGCGGAAGUCUGAUGGUGUUAAGGUUCGGAUCACUGUUACCCUGACAAAUGAACUGCCACCAAAGUCUCCACAGUGCAUACACGUCUUCAACAUCAUCUUCCAUAGGAUUCUGAAUGCCAUCAACAUGAAGCAGAUUGGACGCCACUAUUACAACAUCGAGAGGAGUGUUGCCAUUCCUCAGCACAAAUUACAGGUGAUGCCUGGGUUCAUCACCUCCAUCUUGCAGUACGAGUCACGAGUGAUGCUGUGUGCAGACAUUGCUCACAAGAUCCUAAGAAGUGACACUGUGCUGGACAUGAUGUAUGAGAUUUGGAACCGGCAGCAGCGCGACUUCGAAAACGUCUGCGCAAAGAAGUUCAUUGGAGAGAUCAUACUCACAAGGUACAACAAUAAGACGUACCGUGUGGACGACAUAGAGUGGGAAAAGCACCCCACGGACACCUUCAAGAUGAGAGAUGGAACCGAUAUUACCUACGUGGACUACUACCAAAAGGCCCACGAGAUAAAAGUCCAGGAUAUGGAUCAGCCUCUUCUAGUUAGCCGUCCAAGCAAGCGUGACAUCAAGGUGGGUCGGACAGAAGUUCUCUAUCUUCUGCCCGAGCUCUGCACGCUGACUGGGCUCUCCGAUGAUGUGAGGGCAGAUUUCUCAGUGAUGCGAGAUGUUGCUGUUCACACGCGCAUCCCACCUGAGGGCCGACAGAGGACUCUGCAGGGAUUCAUCAAUACUAUUAACAAUAACCCCGAGGUGCAGAAAGAAAUGCGGGGCUGGAACCUGGAGUUCAGCAGCGAUUUACUCAAGCUCACCGGACGAGUGUUGCCUGCGGAGAAGAUUCAUCAGAGAGAAAAGGAUAUACCUUACAAGGCUGUUGAGGCUGACUGGUCCCGUGGCAUGCGGGGCCUAAAACUGCAGUCAGUGGUCCACCUCGACAACUGGAUUGUCUUAUGCACCCGACGGGACGAGGGAAUCGUCAACGACUUCAUAAGCACAUUGCAGAGGGUGUCUGGACCAAUGGGGGUUAAUGUGAAGACACCAAUAAAAUUGCAGCUUCCUGAUGAUCGCAAUGAGACGUACACGCGAUGUCUACGGGAACAAGUGACGCCCACUACACAACUAGCUCUCUGUGUACUGCCCACCAACAGGAAGGACAGAUACGAUGCCAUCAAGAAACUGUGCUGUUGUGAAGUUCCAGUGCCCAGCCAGGUUGUGGUAGCCAGGACCAUUUCAAAGAAGCAGAUGUUGAUGAGCGUCUCCACUAAGAUUGCUAUUCAGCUCAACUGUAAGCUGGGAGGAGAGGCCUGGGCCUGUGAAAUUCCGUUGAAAGGGUUAAUGGUCAUGGGCAUUGACUGUUACCAUGACUCUGCCUCCAAAGGUCGCUCAGUGGCCGGGGUAAUUGCCAGCACAAACCAGACGCUGACACGCUUCUACUCACGCUGCACAUUUCAGCACCAGAUGCAGGAGCUGAUCGAUGGGCUGAAAGUGUGUGUCACAGCUUCGCUUAAGAAAUACAAUGAGAUUAAUGGCUCCCUGCCGGAUAGGAUUGUGAUCUACCGUGAUGGUGUGGGUGAUGGACAGGUGCCUGCAGUACUGGAACAUGAAGUACCUCAGAUAGAGAAGUGCUUCCAGACCUUGGGGCAAGACUAUCGACCUAAGGUGGCAGUUAUCGUUGUGAAGAAGAGAAUCAACACACGUCUGUUUGCUCUGGGGAAUCAAGGACUGUCUAACCCUCCACCUGGCACAGUUGUUGACACGGAAGUCACCAACCCCAGGGCCUAUGACUUCUUCCUGGUGUCACAGUCCGUUCGUCAAGGGACGGUAACUCCGUGCAAUUAUAACGUGAUCUGGGACAAAUCCGGUCUGAAGCCUGACCACAUGCAGCGGCUCACGUACAAGAUGUGUCAUCUCUACUACAACUGGCCGGGCACCAUUCGUGUUCCUGCCCCAUGUCAGUAUGCACAUAAGCUGGCAUUUCUGGUUGGACAGAGCAUCCACAGAGAGCCGGACCUGUCCCUGUCUGACAGAUUGUUCUUCCUCUGAGACGGUAACAACAGAGGAAAGAGCAAAACUCGUCACAGCUUCUGCGCCAUCCCGAACAAUAUUAAAUUUAUGUUUUUUACUCAUUGCAUUCUGGUCAUUAUUUCUGCAUUGACGGUGGAGUGAGCAGGAAUAUGAGCUGCUUUAGGUCAGCAGGGGUAUUAUUUUUCAGUUUGCCCCCCACCCCCCCACCCAAAAAAAGAUCAUGAAGCAUCUUUGACUUAUAUUGUUGAUUAUGCAUAUGCAUAAAUCGAAUUGAUCCAUUUGUUAAAUUUAUUGCAGUUUGAAAAUUGUUUUAGAUUGAAGUCUUUAGUUUUAUGGUUUUUAUAGGAAGGAAGAGACUCCAUGUUAAGGAAAUAACUUUUACUGUUCAUUCUUAAAAAAAUAAGUCUGUUUUUAAAAAGAAGUCAUAUCCAAUAUUGUUUGGAACUUUUUUAUACCUUAAUCAUUGAUGUAUUUGAUGCUAAAUGCGAUUUUUUUUUUUUUUUUUUUUAUGUGACAGUUAACAUUGGUGGAAGCAUACUUUGGAUAUGCAUGCAGGAUGUCUUGCAUGAUUAUCAAAAACAGGAUUAGAGGGAAUGAACAUUGAUUCAAUCCUUGAUUGUUACUUAUUUUCUUUACUUUGUCUUGUGUGUUUUCAGGGCACCGUCUGUGUUCCUGCCCCAUGUCAGUAUGCACACAAGCUGGCAUUCCUGGUUGGACAGUCAUGUCCUACAUUAGUUAAAACAUUUUAUUACCUUGAUGUAUUUGAUGCUAAAUGCGUCUUUUAUUUCUUUUUUUUAUGCGACUUAACAUUGAUGGAAGCCAACUUUGCGAGAUGCAAAUAUUGUAUGAAAUAAUCUGACCUCUAAGUUGCUCAAACCUAGCUAAGGUUAACAAGGCUAACUUGUCUCCCAAGAUAGUUUUCUUGGAAGUUUCACACAUCUCAUGAUCUUCAUUUCAUCAUAUUGAUCCAGAUUUGAUCAUAGUUUUGGUGCUGUGUUAAAGAUCGAACCAGUUGAAAAUCCUUUAUGGCAAGUUAAGGGGCGUUGCUCAACUGGGAGUCAUGUCAUUCAUGCAAACUGUUCAUAUUCAUAUUAUGAAACUUCAAAAAAAAAAAAAUGAAAA